GGUGGGGAUGAGUGGGGAUGGUUGCAAGUGCCCCCACGAAGUUCCAACGUCGAAAUUUCGAAAAGCUUUCGGCCCCUUCGCCAGCUUUUCGUCUCAAUUCUCUCAGUUUGACAUUCCCCACUGCAUUCACCCGAACGAACUAGACGAACAUCCCCGUCGAGUCGGAGUCCUGCCUCCACCACUUCCUCCGAACCCCGUCACAAAGACUUCCGAGACAGGUAGGGAUCAGGUACUGUUCAAGUAGAAUCGUCUUGGUGAGGGAAGCCGUCACUAACAGUAAGAUGUUCGCACGCUACGAAGGACAUCCCCUUCAUCACUCUCAGAGAAACCUCACAACUCAACCCCAUACACACACCCAAAAUGUCAUCAAUAUCAGGCAUAAAAGCCAGCGCCGACGGCGACCGGGUCAUCCCGGCCAGCCGGCGGCCCGACGGCUCCGUGCGCAAAGAACGCAAAGUCCGGGAAGGCUACGUCCCGCAAGAGGACGUCAACCGAUACACGAAUGCCAAAGUGGAGGCGACGCGGGUGCCUGCGGGGUAUGUGGCUGGGCUUGGCGUGCCUUCCUCCGCCGCAGCGGGUGCGAAUCCGGGGGCGGAUAGCAGUUUGAGUAAGAGCGCGAGGAAGAAUGCGAAACGGAGGGCGAAGAAGAGUGGCGGGGAGGACGGGGAGGAGAAGGAGGAGCCCUUGCCACCGACGCCUGCCAACCCUGCUGCGAAAUCAGCACCGACACCCAUAUCAACAUCCCAGCCCACUGCCCCCGCCCCCGCCGCGGAUACGGAAAAGCGGAUCAAAAACCUGCGGAAAAAAUUGCGUCAGAUCCAAGAUCUGGAAACGAAAGUCGCUGGAGGAGACCCUGCGGAUUUGAACGCCGAGCAGAAGGAGAAACUGGCGUCGAAGAAGGGUGUACAGGAGGAGAUAGCUGGCCUGGAGAAGCAAUUAGCGAAAAUCACAUUAUAGAUCAGGUUUUAUCAUGUACGUACAUUUAGAAUUCUUUGGAACCCCGACGCUGGGUUCGCGGCGAAUUGUAGUUACAGAAAUGUUUCGGGGUUUGCGUGGGUAUCAGUCCUUUGGAACUUGGAAGUGGCAUCAUAGAGGGUGAGAACCACGCUGAGAAUCAACCAUAUAUUGCUAUCUAGCCGUCAUCUACAUCUGUCUACUCCUGUCUCUUGUUCUCGUCGAGGAGCUCUGGUUAUCCUGGACGGAUUCGGUCAGAAACGCGGCACCUUGUGCUGUGCAUCAACUCUGGAGAAGAACAAGGCCCAUCGGUUCCGUUUUCAUCAGGCGGGAGUGGGGUCGACACACACGGCGUGUAUUCAGCUCCACGACCUAAAACCCGUAUUUCGUAUUCAAGGCUUUGCGCAAACGAGGCCCGCGUUCGAUACUGCCAUCCAAGCCUCCACUGCGUUUACAUGC